UUCUCGAUCGUCUUUGUGAUCAGCUGAUAAGAUUGUAAGGUUUUCUUCAGUCGAGAGACCUUCAGUAUAGGAAAUAGAUUGAGAGUAUCUUACUUGGCAUGAGCGGACUACAGGGUGUUUCUUAUGGCUGGUAAACGAAGAAGGUCACAUAAGUCCUCUAAGGUUUCAGAUCCUGAGUCCGUAAACAAACGAUUUAUCGGCAACAGUUCAUUGCACAACAGUUCUUGCUCCGAAAAUUCAGGUAUUUCAACCUGUUUUCUUCAUAGUCAGAGCCCUCCAGUUCUACGUGCUUCUGAGCUAUCUGAAGACAUCAGUACAGCUGCCUCCAAAGUGACUAAGACACAAGACCCAGUUUUAGACACAUCACCCAUUUCCGAAACACAUCGAACUAAGUAUAAUUUUGUACAAAGUAGACAUACUUCUAGUAAAUCGAAAAGAUUAUCGGAAACUACUAAUUGUCACUCAACUUUACACACUUGUACUCUCCAAGAAAGUUCGAGAUCUGAACAGACAAAGAAUUCGGAAAAUAAUACAACUCAGUUAAGUUGUCAGUCGAGUGCCCGAAUCGGACGAAGAACCACUAAAAGAAGUUCGAAUUUUUCUGAAGACAUACCAUCUCUUUCCCAAGAUAAAUUAAAAGCUGCUAAACGCCACCGUCGGUCCAGUUCCAAAACUCGACAAAUAGGAGCCUACCAUAGUAGUUCGUCGCACUCAAAGUCAUCUGAUCGUAAACGGCAUUUAUUUGUUUCUUCGGGAACUGUUCAUAUAUCUCAACAUUCCCCACAUAUCGCCACGGGUCUAUUUAUGAGCAAAAGAUCACGUCGCGAUCGUCAGCGGUCUGUGACUUCUAUGACGGCGACAAGUUCAUCUACUAUAAACAACACGAACACUGGUGACUAUGUGUUCAACACAGACACUUCAAAUUCAUCCAUACACCCAAGUCUUUCAGCUGCCCACUGCACUGGGGAAAAGGCUUCACAAUCUCAACUACCCUGUGUUCAGUUGCCUGCUGAUUCCUGUUCUUCACACUGCUCUCAAGGCGUUAUGAUUUCUAAUGAUUUAAACGUCGCGGAACCUGUUGGCGUGGAAUUUUCUAGUACUGACGUACAUCAGUCUAUCAAUCCUACAUCAAAUGUCCCGUUUUAUGUAGUUCAAAAAAGUGCUUGUUUGCCUAAUGAAACCCAAGAUCCUAAUCCUCGAUUACUAAGUCAACAUUACUAUGUACUUUCGGAUCUCUCUCUUACACCGGAAACUCAUAAAACAUCAACUGAGUUCAAAAGUUCUUAUAUUAAUCCCAAUACUAUCCAGCUACGUAGUAGUUCGAAGGAUGUGCCAGCAACAAAACCUGAAGUUAGUAGGAAUUUCAGUCAUAUUCCAAUUGACCUGACAACUAACACACUACACAAGCAAAUACCUAUGCCGUUAGAUUCAACCUCUCAUCCCAUGCAGUUAGGAUUACCAGUUUGGUCAUCUGUAGACCAGCUAAAGUCUCAGACAUCUUUCACAACAGCACCUUCAUCCGGCAGCUUAAUUACAGCAUCAUCAAUCCAAAAUUCAUCAAAGUACCGCAAAAGAACAUUCGAACCAUUUACACCAGCUCAAAGUUUUUACCCCUCAACAAUUAGUUCUGCUUGUCGUCUACAAACUGAUCCAAAAUAUUCCACUGACUCAAACAUGAUCCCCGUGUUACCGAAUUCUUGUUCUCCAUUCUUAGUUUCACCUGGUACAACAGUGACAACAAACCACUCAAAUGCUAUACAGCAACUUUUAAAUCCAAUCAAUGUCGCUCGUUUAAUUGCACUAAACCAAAACACGCAUUCAAAUACACACUAUCAAAAAUCUUCCCAGUCAGAAAAUCUGUCUGCAUUGACUCCAGGCGGAGUAACAUCUUUCCAUCCUACAGUAUCCGGCUCCUCAGGAAAGUACUCUCGAUAUUCACCUCAUGCAGCUCAUUCGGGAUCCGCUUCAACUUCAAAAUCUGUUUAUGCACGCAAUCAUUCUAGCUCAUCAGAAUGGUCUAAUGUGAAAACGAGUGCUACUCAUAGUGGAUAUCGCAGUCAACACGGUGAUAGCAUCAAUAACCGAAUAGCACAGUUACAACAAGCUUCAACUGAUAGAUCUAUGCAGUUGAUCAUUUUACAAGAAAUAAAUCAGACUUUGUUAAUGGAUUUUGAAGAGAAUUUAUCAAAUCUCGAUGUUAAUAGUUUGGUGAAUUGUGUUUUGCAAAUUUUGGAAUCACAAGAAGAUCAUCUAGUUGAAUUGAAAAAUUUAAGUUGUAAUGUUUUAACGCAUAUGAUGGAUGUUUUACCACGUAGUUCCGAUGCAAUUGUUCCAGCUUUGCCUAUUCUAUUGACAACUAUGUCGUCUAGUUUUGUUGGUGAUAUAUUAGAUAGAAUAAUUAAUUUAUUAGAGCAAAUAUCACGUCGUCAUGGUAAAGAAGUAUUAAAAUCUGGUGGCGUUUCUAUUGUACUUGGAUUCUACGACUUUGUCACCUCAGCACAACAUCGGACUAUUUUGACAAUGGUGUAUAAUUGUUUCGUAAAUCUACAACAAGCCGAUUAUGAUUUAAUUUCAAACUGUUUACCAACAUUAGCUGAACAUUUAAAAGAAUCAGAACCUCGUUGUGUUGAACGUGUUUGUAGUUGUUUUGUACGCUUAGUCAGUGCUUAUCGAUUUGAACCAGAUUUACUAAAAUGUAUUGUGAAUAGUUGUAACUUGUUAACUAAUCUUCAAUCAUUGCUCACGCUAACUCCACCAAUUUUGUCUAGUAUUCAUGAAGUAGUUCAAAUAUUAGCGACAUUAUGCUCAAGUUGUCCUGAUUUAGCUGUUGAUUUAAUUAAACAAAAUAUUUCAAAUACUAUAUAUUCUCUUCUAUUGGGAGUGAAUCCAGAAGUUGAAACUGACUGGGAUACUCUGAUAUCAUGUUUCAAUGGUUUAACACUAGCUAAUUUAGUUCCAAAUCAAUCAAUCACGAAACGACUUCGUGCUCGUUCUCAUUCGGGUGAAUCAUUUAAACCGACAUCUUCCUCAACGUUGUCAGCUUCUACGCAUUCAUCCGACAAACAGCUUGAUGUUGGUACCGUUUAUUCACUACCUGGUUUAUUGCGACAAUGCAACAAUUUACCAUUUGGUUGGCAAUCUUUAAUGAUAACUAGUUCUACUCUACUGAAUUCUUCUUUAUUGAAUUUAACAAGUCUACCUAUAAAUCAAAGAAGUCCAGAUGAUGUUCAUUCAAUAGUCUAUUUGAUUAGUGAACUUCUUCCACCAAUUUCGAAUCAGUUCAAAUUCUCUACAUUAUAUUCGAAUCCGUCACAAAAAUCCAACGAUUCAACAGUUUCCAAUGUACAUUUUGGAUCAGGAGUUAAUUUAAAUUCAAUGUUUUCUACUAGUGAUUCUGGUUUGUGCACUCCGGAGCAAUGGACUACAGGAACUGCAUUUUUCGCUGAUACAAAUAACAUUCAGGUUCAAGCUUCAAAAAUCAAAAGCUCUGGAAGUUCACCUUCCGUCUCUUCUAAUUCAUCCAGUACUUUGUUACAAGGUUCAUUUGAUUCCAUCAAUCUAUCACAAUCUAGUAAUUCUCAAACACAUCUAACAGAUCCCCGUUCACUUUUGCUAUAUGAUGAAUGUAAAGAGCUACAGAAUCGCUUACUGACGUUAAUUUCCAAUAAAGAAGAAUCCAAAACCACACAUGGUGCGCAUACCAGACGACGUUCCAUUCAACAAAAGCAUGCAGAAGAUAAUAGUAAUGGUAAACCAGCUGUUGCUGAAAAGCACAGUCCUGGAACACAACGUUCACAUGGAAAUAUUGAAAGUCGUCUAAAUUUAGAGACCACUGAAGCUUUGCAGAUGGUUCAAAUAUUACUUCCUCUCUUAUUUGAAAUAUUCACUGAAACUACCAAGACACAAACGCGUUUGUUGUGUUUAGAAGCUAUACAACGAAUGAUAUUUUAUUCAAGUCCUUUAUUGCUGGCCAAAGUAAUUCAUCCAAGAUUAGUUUGUAGUCAUAUUGCCGGUAUGCUUAAUAGUCCUGAGAAACGUGUUAUUUUGAUGGCUCUACAAAUUGCUGUCAUGUUACUCGGUCGAAUCCCAUUUGUAUUUGCUACAUAUUUUCGAAAAGAAGGUAUUCUGUAUCGAGUUGAACAAUUAAUUUUACGCCUGACUAAUAGUAGUACUUCAGAUAUCACUUUACAACAUGAUUUAUUGUCAAAUCAAUCUUUAUCCAAAGUAUCUUGUGUUGUAUCCGAUACUAGAACAACAUAUGCAUCAACUGGUAACCAUGCAAUUGAUCAACAUACAAAUCAUCAUUUAUUUCAACCUAACGAUAACAUCAAAUCGAAACGUGGAUCACUUGCAGUCGUUACUCAUGGACAUUAUGACGAGACUCAUUUGGAAAACUGCAGUACACAAAAUUGUUCUGUUGUACUUGAUAUGCCUUUGUCAUGCGAUUUGUCAGGUCAAAAAAGUUUUAAUUCCAGUACAAACCAGCAGAUAAAGCAUCAAAUAGACUUAACCAAUACAUCAAACUAUGCUUUAUCCAAUUCGCCUACAUUUCUGUUCACUGAACGCGAUCCACUGCUUCAGUCGAUUCGAUCAAUUUGUGAAAAUCUACAAGUACAUACACAUAUUUUAUUAAAAUCAUUUGAUUCACAAAAUAAUCCAUUGAAAAUUGAUUCGAAUAAUUAUCAUCAUGAAGAGCAUAAAAUUGAUCUCUCAUCAUCAUCAUCAUCAUCAUCCUCUCAUCAUGACAUGAAAACUCAUGAUCUUAUUGAUUUAAUGCCUUUACUAAAAUGUAUUGCUCAUCAGUUAAAUUCUGACUCACCAAAUCUAUGGAUACAUAGUUUGAAUCAAUUAAUUGAUCUAUUCAAACCGUUUAGUGAAAAAACAACACUGGACACAAUGGUCAUUGAACCACCAUCACCAUUUGAAUUGCAAGAAAGUGGUGUAACAAAUGCUUUGUUAAAUUUCCUCACUAUAUCCAAUAACCGUGAAAUUCGUUUAUGGAUAAUGUUUCGAAUGUUCCUCGGUCGGCGAGCUACCACACCUAUUCGAUUCAGUCCAACAUUAAAUUUAGAAAAUAUAAAUGGACGUAAAUGGAACGGUUAUAAAAAUUGGUUCAGUUUUUUGUCCAUUGUACCAGAUUUGUUUUUGUCCGAUCAUAAUAAAUUAAGUCAGCUAAAUGUGGUUGAAUGUUACUUGAAUUCCGAAUUGAAACACGAUGAUAAUUCAUCUCGUGGAGUCGAAGCUUUUGGAGCCUUAAUAGAAUGCCUUUUGGCUUACUUACAUAGACAUGAACAUUUUCAAGUGAAUACUAUUCCACCACUACUCCCUCCAGGUGACAAAUGGCUCUCAAUGAUCGGAAGGGAUCUUAGAAAUGUCAGUAAUCCCGAUAUUGUGGGCGGUUUUGAAAUACAUGAUAACAUUUUGUCAUCACCUACAUCUUCUAGUAGUACUCAAAUGCUGUCCUCAUCACAACAGUAUAAUGUUCCGAAAACUGUUGCAGCUAACUCUUCUGGUCGGUCGUCCAGUAAAGUCUCAACACAAAGAGUAUGUAAUAUGAAGACAUCUGCCAAAACGUCUCAUCCUCCCCCUAUUAAUUAUAGCAAUAAUAGGAUGGAUUCAUCAAAUUCCAGUUGGCAUUCAACAAAUACAGAUUCGAAAUUUGUAACUCAUCAUCCUGCCGGCUCAUCUUCCCGACCUGUUCAAGUAACCGCCCCUACUCCAGGGAUUCUGCGUAUUGAACUCCAUCGUGUAUAUGAAGCAGAAGGUACAUUAAACGAAAGUAAUUCACCAGUGAAUCAUCCCACCAGUCCAUCAAUUACUGGACCCAACUCCAAAAGCGGUCGUAAGUCUUCUUUGUCUUCAACCUCAUCCGGACAUUCUGCGAAUACUUCCUUCUCGUUAACAACUGAGCCGUGUUCCUCGUUACCACAUUUCCUACCACUCCGUAUCACUGCUCUGGCUACAAUUCAGAACGUUGAACGGUUGCUCCUACAACGUAACUAUGUGAAUAGUGUUCUACAAGAAAAUGGUUUUUCACAACAAUCUGAUUAUAAUUUGAUAGGUUUUCAAGAAACAUUUAUUGAUCAUAUUGCAGAUGAUCUUCGCACUUCACCACAGUCACAACUAAUCGAUGAAGUGACAGAUAAUGACGAUGAAGAUAUGGAUUCCCAUACUCACACAUUAUUGAGAGAUUUGGAAUCAGUUGAAAGGCCCUUCAAACAUCAUACAGAUACUCAACACUCAGACAGAUACUUACGGACGGCGGUUCCUGUGAACACAAGUAAUAUAAAAUCGGUUACACCCGAACGUAGACACAGAAAUCAGCCUAGUCGAAUUCCCAAACCGUCUGUUUUUCAUCCUAGCCAGUCAUCAGGCAUGACUUCUUCCAUUCAUAUACAGCCAACCGUCAGCAGAAGUCCAAGACACCCAAAAUCAGACGUUUACGCAAAACACCUUUCGUUGUUAUCUCACACUUCUUCUGAUAACCUUACCCAUGAACGCUCUACACUUAAUCAGCCUACUGCUACAAACCCCAGUGUACAUGUAACCUCUUUAAAUUGCUGUCCACAAACACUGAUAUCAUCGAAAACAACUGUUUCCACUUCUAGUUCACUUCAAAGAGGAUUACGUAACUUAUUACAACGUGGUUCAGAAAUUUUACCUUUGAUGACUAGAAGUGGAAUUGAAAAACCGAAUCUAUCCAACUUGCAUCCAGUUGAAAACCCUAAUGCUUUUGUUGUAAAGAAAACUGAUUCUCGUAGUGCCCGAAGGCGUUCAACUACAAACGUUUCGAUUUCCGAUAUAUUCAGCUCAACAUCAGUCAAUACAUCUACUUCACUAACUGCUCCUGAACGAAUAAUUACUCCAUUUUCACACUUUUUACGAUCUGUCACAAAUCCACUAGUAUCGGACGAUAAUUUGAAUGUAGAUGCGUCUGUAAUCUCUAGUAGACGUAAAUCCAAGAAGACGACUCCCCAAAAGGAAUCUGAUGUUACUGUCGUAAGUACAAAUUCCGAAAAUUCAGUUUAUCUUCCUAAGCCUGUUUCUUCUGUUCCUACUCAGCUGACAAGUAGAUACAGACGAUUAAAAGGUGGAUCUCUUUUUACAGCUCUUGGCGUUUUAGCUAAUAGUUCGGCUACAACAACAACUACAACAUCAGUUCGUAAAAGUACAAUUCGUCGUGGUAGAAGUAGUGGAAUUCACAACUCCCAUGUACCACAAACUCGCUCUUUUAAAAAUGCUGUGUCACCUUCAUUGUCAUCUACGUCAAAUGCUUCAUCACCUCUUGGAAGUGAAGAUAGUUUUAUCUAUCAUGGUAAAUCAAGACCUACAAUUACAUUUUAUAUUGGCGGUCAUCGUUUGCCUCCAGACAUUCCAUUAUAUGAAGCAAUUCGUAAAUUUAACCCAGAAAUCUUAUCAUAUUCUUCUGCUGUUAAUUCGGUGCUAAAUAACUUCGGCUCCCACAAUCAAACACUUGAUAUUUCUGAGCAGCUAUCUUUAACUCAAGCAGAGAAAGAAAAUUUAAUCGGUCAUUUCAUUUGGACUCUUACUCAUGUUAUUCAGUAUCGAGUCACUUAUCAGUCUUCAUCUCAUGAUACUAGUAGUACCUGUUCAGGUAAACAUAGUAAUGUCUCGUUUUUGUCAUCACUUCCUUCUCAUUCAUUAUCUCCAUCUUCUGCUUCAUUAUCACCUAAAGAUGUCAGUGAUUCCAGUAUCGCAAGUAUAGUACCAUCAUUUCCUACCACGCUUAACCUUAGUGCUGCAAUAACAUGUUUUAAACAUCGACGUUCAAGUGAAACCGACACUGAGCAUGCAGACAAUCUUGAAAAGUGCCCUACUCCAAGUUCAACACCUGCAGUAACUGAUUCAUUAUCUCCAGUACAAAAACAUAUCCCUUUGUGUAGUCAAACAUUUCAAAUAGCUCAAAAUCCACUAUUUGACUUUUUAGUUAAUGAUUUACCUGAAGGCUUUUUAACUGACAUUCGAUGUGAUUGCAACUCUAUGAAUCAACAAUUAAAUUGUCUAUUGAACACGGAAAUGGUAAACUUCAAUUCUUCAACAAACCCUUUAUCAACAACCCUUUCUCUUUUGCGUGUAUUAUAUAACAUUAGUCGUUUGUGGUAUACAGUUCACAACGCUUUGGAUCCUUUUCCAAUCUUUUCUCCACAAUCAUUUCAAAGUCAAAAACUUGCUGUCAAAGCUAAACGUCAAUUACAAGAUGUUUUCAGUGUGUUAGCUGGCAAUUUACCUUCUUGGCUGAUUCAAUUAAUAUCAGUAUGCCCAUUUCUGUUUCCUUUUGAUAUUCGAAGGAAUUUUUUCUAUGCCUACAACUUUGAUCGUAAUCGAGCUUUACUAAGAUUUCAGGAUUUGGCCAGUUCUUACACUUCUGAUAUUGAUCAAAAUCGUGAACAAAUAGGUACAAGAAGUUCUACGCCAUUGUUAUCUCAUGGUAUUCAUGAUAAUCAGCCGACAUUUAUCACCAGUAUGACUAACUAUAUGAAUUCUAGUUUGCCAUCAAAUUCUACAUCUUUACUAGCUCCAUUUAAUACAUUUUCUCAGUCGUCAUUUAAUCCACAAUUGUUUGAUCACAAUUCUGGAUUAUCAUCUACAUCUUCUCAAGAACAUAACGGACUAGAUAGUGGAAGAAAUAAUGUAGGAAUACGUGGAAGAUAUCACUUACGCUUGGCCUUAUCACCAACCUUUCGUCGACGUAAAGUUACUGUGAACCGAGAUGAAAAACGUCUACUUAAACAAGCAGAAAUGACAUUUAAUGAAAUGGGCGAUUCACGUGCAGUAUUGGAAAUUGCCUUUGAAGGUGAAGUAGGAUUUGGUCUUGGUCCAACACUAGAAUUUUAUACAUUAAUAAGUCGUUUGUUAAUGAAAUCCAACUUAAAUCUUUGGCAUGGUUGUGAUUCUACUUCAGAUGGAUAUCUGAUUGCUCCAGCGCCUGGACUUUAUCCACGUCCAUUUUCUCGACAAACUAAAUCUUCAGUUAUACGGGAGGUUUGUGGGAAAUUUAAUUUUCUUGGUCGAUUAUUGGCUAGAGCAUUGUUAGAUUGGCGACGAUUAGAUUUACCUUUUUCACCAGCAUUUUUCAAAUGGUUUUUCGCACCUACUGCACAUGAUUCUGUUCAGAAAGGUUAUAUUUUACCAAGUGAUAUAUCUCUAAUUGAUCCAGACUUAGGUCGACAUAUAAGACAAUUAACAGAAUUGGUUAAUCGUCGUCAAGCUUUAUGUCAUAAAUUAUCAAAUUUGGAUUCUUCAAAUCUCUCAUCAUCUGCUUCAUUAGGAGCUGUUCAUUUAAACAAUACAACUAAUAAUAGUAAAGGUGUACAUAAUCAUACACAAAAAUUGGAUUCAAUUAAAGCUUCUUUAAACAUGUUAGAUGAUGAAAUUGAUGAUUUAUGCUUAAAUUUCACACUUCCAGGUUACGAGGUUGAAUUAAUUAAAAAUGGUGCACAUACUAACGUUACAGGUUCGAAUUUAAGUUGUUACCUUCGUUUAGUUGCUCAUUGGUUAGUUAUUGAAGGUGUAAGUCGUCAAAUGGAAGCAGUUUUAAAAGGUUUCGACUCGGUUCUACCUAAUGUUCGAUCACGGCUAACUACAUUAUUUCAACCAGAUGAAAUGGAGAAUUUAUUUUGUGGUGAAUCAUCACCUAGAUUUAAUUCUUUUUCAAUUAGUCCAACUGGGGAAAUGAAAUCGAUGCAAUUAUUAGAUAAAAAUUAUUCAAUGCCAGAUGAAGAAGGUUGGGAUGUACAAAGUUUAACUCAAUCAUGUUGUUGUGACCAUGGCUAUACUCCACAAUCACGAGCCAUUCGUUUUCUAUUUGAAAUUAUGUCUGAAUUCACCGCAGAACAACGACGGUUAUUUGUACAGUUUGUUACUGGCAGUCCUCGUUUACCAGUUGGUGGUUUUCGUGCAUUAAAGCCUCCAUUGAAAAUUGUAAUGAAACGUGAAACAGGUGAAAAUGCUGACAAUCAUUUACCUUCUGUGAUGACAUGUCAAAAUUAUUUAAAACUUCCAGAUUAUUCAUCGAAAGCAUUGAUGCUUUCUAAAUUGUUAUAUGCAAUCAAUGAAGGUCAAAAUGCCUUUCAUCUUUCAUAAUUGUUUUAUGCGCAUAUAAUGUAUAAAUUGUAAUACGAAUAACAAUGUUUCAAUAUUGUCAUUAAUGAAUGAAUGAAUUAAUUAAUUACUACUAUUGUUAUCAUUAUUAACUAUUAUUCAUUAAUACUGUUGUUAUUAUGAUCGUCGGCUUCUUUUUUUUUACUAAUGAACUGUAAACUGUACUAUAAAGCCUUUUUUUAACUGGAAAUCUUCUAAUCAAACUGUGUAACAGUAAUAUAGACACAUGUACACAGUUAGGAAAUACACUGGUUUCCCUAAUACUACUGCUACUUCUACUACUACUACUACUAAAAGCCCAUUUUCAAUCAAUUUGCAUUAGUGACAGUAAGCAGUUUCUACUGUGAUUCUUGUUACUUAAUUAUAUCUUUUUUCUCCUCUCUAUGUAUACAUACAUACACAUGUUUAUGAUAUAUAUAUAUAUGCAUGUAUACUGUACAUGCAUAUAUCUAUUCUCUCUGGCAUAUAAUUAUUUAUUGAACACAACAUUUUUCAUUCAACAAAUCAAAUGGAACUUAAACAACUAACUUCACUUGGUUUUUUUUUAAGAAAAAUAUUCUCCUGUUUUCUUAACGAGGAUGCUUUUUUCAUUUAUUAUUCUCUACGCUACAAUUGUUUAUUCUUCCUUGAUAUUGAUUUAUUUAUUUAUUAGUUACUCUUUUUCUUUCUUGUUUUCUUUUUUCGGUGUUCUACAUUGUGUUCACGUCUUCUUCUUCUUGUUGUGUUUGUUAUACAUUAAUUUUCUUGAACUAAUUAACUAACUAUCAUAUUAGACCAAUAGUUAUUGAUAUGGAAAAAAAAACACAAACAUACAAAUGAAAUUAGUGAUAUUCACAUUUUGUUCUCCUUAUUCGUUCUUUUUUUUUGUUUUUAUUCAUUGUUUACUUUUUCAAUUUUUGUUAAUUCAUCAUAUCAAAUUGUUUUACAAAUUCUAUCUCUCUACUCUAUGUCAAUAAGUAUUUCUAAUUCUGUUUUGAUCAUCAUUACAUUUUUGUUUGUUUUGUUUUGUUUUUUUGAUGAAUUGGCAAAGUAGGUUCAUUUUGAAUGAACAUAAUGAUAAUGAUGAUGAGUCUUGUGGUUUACGUACGUACUGUUGUGUAAUGAUGAUACAAUUUCUUCAAAACGCCAAUCUAUCACGAAACAUCAUCAAUAUGCAUGUGCAUAUGCAUAUGACAUUAGUUUUACAAGUAUAUCAGUGCAUUUUCCCAUUAAUUCAAAUAUGUCAGUAGUGUUGUUGUUGUAUGUAAUAUAAUGACGAAUCAUUGGAUGAAAUAAUAAUACUACUAAUCCAUUUAGUAAAUAUAUUUAUGCCUUUGUACAUGCUUGUUGCUGUCAUUAUUAUUAUUGUCACAAUUAUUCUGCUUAUCCUUUUUUCUCUCUCUCUCUCUCUUUCAUAUCUGGAAUAUAAAAAGGAAACGUUUUGUGUGUUAAAUUGUGAAAAGCAUAUAUGCUUUUCUUUUCUUAUUUUUUUCCCUCAGCUAAAAUCAAUACUGACGGACUUUUAGUGAUUGGAUUAUGUUUUGUUUCUAACCGUGUUCACGUUUGUUUUUUUUUAUUUUCUUUAACCCUGUUUUGUUUUUUCUUUUCCAUUAUUGAAAAGUAAACAGAAAUAAAUAAAAGCACUUGUUCAUUAAUGUUAACGUGUAUCUUGUUUUGUAGUAGAAAAAAAAAAGGCAGUAAAAGAAGCGAUAACUAAUUGUAAUUCUUUGUAAUAAAAAAAUCCAUCUGUAAUUGAUUGAUUGUAAUAAUGAAUAAUUAUUGCAUUUUCUUCACAAUUUAUCUUCAGUGAAAUGUGCGUUCAUGGGUUUAUUAUUAUUAUUAUUAUCAUUAUUAUUUUUUUGACGAAUAUAUUUAUUUGUUUUAAAUAUGUGUAUGAUAGCUACUUUUAUGCUACCUUAGUCUAUUCAUGUAAGCUUGUAUGGUUGCGAACAAUGAUUAUCACAUCAUGUCUGCCUGAAUCCAACUAUUAACAUUCAAAGACAACAUCUGGUUUGUGACUAUGAAAAAUGACUGUUCAACAAAAAUGCAAUUCCAAAUAUUUCCUUGAUCUGUGUGAAAUUACAACAAACUAAUUAUUAAAAGUAUGUAUAUUCAUUGGUGUAUAGAGUUAGCUGAAUCAACUGUUCAUAGUUAUUUUGUUCAAAACCACAUAACAGUGUGGAACACAACUUGUGAUAAAUAGGCGGCUUCUGAUUCAUCAAUCAAGUUUGAAAUUUUCCUGGGUUAAACCACUACUCAUCACCAGUGUAAUUAUUAUCUGUUAUGUUGAUAUACAAAACUAUUCUGAUGCUAUCAGUACUAGUUGUAAAUAUAUUGAUAUCUUUUGUGCAAAAGAUAAUUUGUAAUCGUAUGUGAUUACUUGAAAGAUAAUUGUAUAUUACAAGUUAAUAUUUUAGUUUGUUGUAGUAUACUUUAUCUAAGUAACUAAUAACAACGAAUACUGUUCUAUGGUGUUAUGAAACUGAAGAAAAGCCAUGGACUUAGCUUUCGCUCUAGUUGAUACUCGUCAAGAAGAUGUAUCUGCAAUUUUCAAUGAAUUGAUCCUAUCCAUGGGAUAUAGAAAACAGUUUGGUCGAUGGAAUUUAAUCAUCGUUAUGGAAUAUGUACAAAACUGACAUUGGUUAUGACUUAGUGGUUAAUUCAGUCAGUAUAUUGUAUGGUGUCUAAUUGAUCUCAUGUUAUACUUCGGGUUUUAUAAAUUGCUUUUAGCCUGAAGUUAUUUAUUUAAUUUUAAUAAGA